AUGGAGUUGGCUGGGCUGCGGGUGGAGGAGUUCUUUCCACUGGGCCCGGGCCUCUCCGCGACAACGCAGAGUUUCCUCCGCUUGGAAUCCGCCGUGAAUUCCGCUGUGAAGGACGAGAUCUUUCUCCUCAGGUGCGAUGGGACGUUGCAACUGUUCCGACCUGCACGGUGGCACGAGCGUCUUCAGGCACAGAAUGUCUGGGCUGUACAGCUCUCCAGUGGGUCCUUUCAUGCGAAAGACCUGUCUGAGGUGAUGCGUACCUUGCAAGGGGAUCGCAGAGCCUUCGUGCCGGACACGAUGCCGCGUGUCACACGCGUUGAAGAGCACUGCCGCCAUGCCAACUUAGGCCUUUGGGGGUGGAUCUUCCGCUUGAAGCAUUCGGUGCUGGCUGUGAAGUUGAAAGGACCUGACGAUCAGGAGGCUGCUAAAGAUCUAGAUCAGGAUUUGCUGUACCUGGACAAGAAUGCAGAUGUGGGCGUGAGCUGGCGAAAAGCUGGACCCUUCGAGCGCUUUUCUGAGGCGCCCCGGGAGCAGCAUGGCUUCGAUGCUGUGGAGGGCACCUCCCUGCAGGAUGUUUGGGACGCAGCCGUGAGCACACCAUCUUUCAGUGAACCCCAGGAGGUGUCAAACUGUCAGCAUUUCGUGCGUGAAAGCCUAGAAGAAUUGGUUCGGAGGGGCCAUUUGAAAGCCGCAGGUGCUCCAUUGACGUUGCGCAAUCAGCAGGUCGCGGACUGGCUGCACCGCUUGGGCUAUCUGAACGAGCAGCGGAAGGUGCCAAAGUCAAGCCCCUUGGAGCUGCAGCAAGUGUGGGCGUCCGUGAUGAGUUGGCACAGCAAGUUGGGUCUGGCUCGCAUCAGCAGCUCUUGGGCUCACUGCUUCUAUUUGCGGCCGUUAGAGCAACCAACAGUGCCGGAGGUCAACAAAAUGAGCACCCAACAGUGCUGCUUGCGUCGGUAUUCCCUGGAAACCUUCGGAUGGGGAUAG